AUGAGUAUAAAUAAUUUCCUAAUUUUUUUAAUAAUAAAAUCGUCUAUUAUUUUGACCUACAGAACCUGCACCAUUAAAGAUUUAAAUAAAUCAAGUGAAACCAGUACUGGAUGGAAAUUUCAUAAAUUACAAGAGAAAAAAGUUUUUAUACAUAAUUAUUUGGAUAAUAUAUUAGAUAGUGAUAUUGAAGAAUAUCAUGAAGAAACUGAAUAUCUAUCAUAUAAUGAACAUACUGAAGAUAAAAAUACGAAAUUAAUAGACAUAAUAUGCAUAAAAACAUAUGUAUUAAAAGUAAAAGAAAUAUUACAUGGAACAAAAACAGAAAAAGAGAAAUCAUAUUUAGACAUUUGUAGAAAUUGCAAACAUCUCUUUAAUGAUGAAAAUGAAUGUUUAAAUAUGACCAUUACUUUAGUAUCAAAUCAUAUAGAAAUUAAAGUUCCUCAAUUAGGCCUUAUGCUUGAUAAACGUGGAUUAAGACAGUCAAUAAUUAUUAAUUACCCAAUAACGUAUGUUCUUUCUAAGUUAAUGUAUUCUUUGAUUAAUGUAAACCCAUAUGAUGAAAAACAAAUGAACUUUGCAUGUGAUUCAUUAUUAACAAAAUUAUCUGCAGAAAUAAACAAGAAUAUCAUGGAUUUAAUAGGAGAUUUACAUAUUUUUAAUAAGGAUGUUGGUAAAUAUAUAACUACUAUUAGAAGCUUUUUUACUAAAUGUUAUAAUGAAAAUGAAAAAUCAUUAUUGAAUAGUUGCAGAGUUUUAAGAAAUGCACUUGAUAAAGUUAAAGAAUUAAAUAAAGAAUUAUUAAAUAACUCCAAAGAAAAAUUUUUAGAACCUCAUAAAUAUAUUAAAAAAAUAGAUGAAAACAUAAUUCAUUUGUUACCUAUAAAAAAUGAAUCAAAUUUACAUUACUACAUUAAACAAAUUUAUAAUUUCAUCUAUAUUUCAAGUAGUAUUGUUGAUGAAAUGGAAAAAAUUUAUAUUAGAGAAAUUAAUGAUUCUAUCUUAAAGAAAAGAGAAUUUAUAGAUUUGUUUUAUUUAAGAGAUACUAAUCACAUAAAAAAUAUUUGUUCUAUACGUAUAAUGACCACUAUAUCUUGGUUUUUUAAUCAAAUUAAUUUGGAUAUGUUUAAUAAAAAUAAAAAAAUUAAAACCUUAUUUAAUGAAAAAUUUUCCUUUCAAAAUUUGAGAAAUAUGGUUUUUUCAAUUUUUAAUAGUGUAAGUGAAAGCAAAGGAGAUAUUCUUGAUUUAUGUAUGGAUAGUAUGGCUGAUGUAAUUUAUACGGUUAGUUCAAUGUUAUCAAAUUAUUAUGAAAAGGAAACUUUUUUUUCUAGAGAUAAUUUAACAUUUUCUAAACUAAUUAAAUUUACUGAAAUAUAUGUAUUACGUUAUAAAUUAAAAGAUAUGGAAGGAGAAAAUUAUAGUAUAGAAUCAAUGGGACUACGUAAAAUGAACCCAUUUAAUAUCAACAAAAUUGAAAAUCUUGUUUGCAUGAUGAAACGUCUCUCAAAUAAAAUGAAUUUUUAUAUAUCACUUCUAAAAAAAUCUUAUUUGCAAGAGUUAAUGUAUGAAAAUUAUGAUAAAUAUAUUGUAGAAAAUAUCUUCAUUGAUGAUUCCGAGUUAUUUUUUUGUACAUCAUCUGGGGAGUAUUUAAUUCAUAAAGAAUUUUUCAACAAUGUAUUUAAAAUAAUUAGCGUUUAA